AUGUCACUAUUCGAAUUGCAGAAAGCGGCUCUCAUCGCGAAGCUCAAAUCACAUCGUUCGGAAUUUCGACAUCUGAUUACGGACCACACCACCCACCCUAUCAUAGAGAAAUUGCUUAGAGACGAGGUUCUCAAUUACGUAUUCACGUUCUAUUCCAUAGACGAUGAAAAACGAUCGCUCAACCGAGAACAGGCGAUUUACAUACUGGAUCCGUUGGUACCUUACACAAUUGAUUGUUUGCUUGCCGAUUUUUCUGCCGGCUGCCGGUACCAGUCGGCUGUGUUAUGUUUCAUGCCUGGCCUCACCAAGACAACGUAUGCUCGGUUGAAGGCCAAUUCGAACUUAAUGAAGGCCUGUGGCAACAAUUUCGACUCGAUAGACUUUCUCAGCCUGAAUCCCCUGGAAAGUCGAGUGUAUGUUACAAAUAAUCACUAUUCCAUUCCUGCUCUUUACAACCCGCAGCAUUUUGGCCCAGAUCUUAAUGAAUAUCAAGUUGACAAAGCUGUCGAGGCCAUGAUGAGUGCCUGCGUAUUGUCAAACGAGUAUCCAAUAGUUCGGUACUAUAAUUCCCCUGUUUCACGCAAAAUUGCUUAUCUUUUCCAACAGACCCUUGAUGAGUACUAUAGGAAACACCAAGAGCUGUCUCCGGUGAAUUCGAAAACAGUAUUUUUUAUCACCGACCGUCUGAUGGACCUUUUCGCUCCCUUUUGUCACUACAAAUUCUAUAGAUCCCAGAUAUUCGAUCUCAUGGACACCCAGAUUAGAAAGGCACGGGGAGAGUAUACUUACGUGUACGAUUAUCAGAUUCAGACGGGAGAGGGCAUUGAAAAGAAACACCUGGUGUUUGACGAUGAGGAUCCCGUGUAUUCCAGGUUGCAGGAUCUGCCAAUUGAAGAUUACACCAAGAGUAUAAUUGAACAGGUGAAUGAGCUGAAAGCCACAGAGGCCAAGUUUUCAAAUCUGAAGUACGCAUCCGAUUUGUCCCAUGCGGCACUGAAUCAAGCAGACUAUCUUUUUUCCCGUCAGCUGGUUACAGGCCAUUUUGAGCUGAUCAACAAAAUAGACAAGACGUUCCGUGACGAGUGUAUUUUAGAUUGCAUGGUUUUCGAGAGCAAAUGCGCAUCCAAUUUGAACGGUAACAAAGAGAUGUAUGAACCGCUAACAGAAGAGUUGCUAGAGUUACUUGCUAACGAGAAAAUUGACACAGGAAACAAAAUCAGACUGCUCAUCGUGUACACUUACUACAGGGGUGGCAUCGUGGAGUCGGACUUGCGCAAGCUCUGUCACUUUGGAUUACCUGACCAAAGCAAGACGGAUUCUAUUGUUACUCUAUUCAAGAACUUCCAGCAUUUGGGAUUUAACAUGCUAAAAUCGAAGCCCAAUGACAAGCCUUUCAGAAUAACGUCCUAUUUCGAGAUCAAAGAUACUCCCGAGCUCACGGAAAGAUAUGUUCCUAGCUUGACCAACAUUGUCACGCGCCUUGCCUACGGAAGACUUCCAGAGGUUUACAAGGAAACCUAUUCAAGCGAUCGUGACGAGGAUGCGCCUAAGGAUUUCCCUUACGUGAAGGGAGCGCCAAUUGACGACGACGAUGUUGGACAGCAGUUCAAUGCUCCCGUUAGAAACAUGCCGAAAUGGAAGAGUUCAAAGCAAUCGAUUGAUUCAACCAAAGAAAAGCUCCUAAUUUUUGUUGCGGGAGGCCUUACUCACUCGGAGUUAAGCACGGUCACAUCGCUUGAGGCCAAGCUUAAUAAAAGCAUUUUCAUUGGCACCGACGAGCUCUACUCUACAUGGGACCUAAUUGGAGACCUAAGGCUUAUCAAUGACGAGCGUAAAAACUUCAACUUCCCUCUGGACGAGAAGUUUGCUAGGAAGCAGGUGCCGCAGCACCUAUACGAGCGUUCGGCUGCUACGCAGCCAAACAAAAGUUCGGCCCCAGGCGCAACUCCAAACUCUGCACAAAGCAGAGCCUCUUCUCGUUCUUCUAGUGCUCACCAACUGGCGCAGACCACGUCCUCCGAUAGUUCUCGAAAGCGGGACAAGUUCUUUAAAAAAUUCAAGGCACUAAACAUUUGA